UAUUUUUACGUGAUUUCAUACUUUUUCGUUUUUAAACUUUAUUUCCCCUUUUUUAACAAAUUUUUAUCCGUGUUUUAUUUCUUUUAAUUGGAGAUUGUUCUCUUUUUUGUUACUGAUUUAGAUUUCGUUAAAUUUGGCUAAAUUUAAGAAUAUUUUUGGAUAAUUUACUGGAAAUUUAAUUUAUUUCGAAGAUUUAGCCGUAAAUUUGGAUAUUGAGUAAUAUAUUUGGAAGAUAAAUUGGAUAAUCUGAAUUUUAAAAUCAAAAUUUUAAUGAUCUAAUGCCUAUAAUAACGACAACAUAAAAGUAUAAUUUAAUACAACUCUGGAAAAAAAUGAGAGUUCGUAAUUUACAGACAUAUUUACGUGAGCAAAAAUGUGUCCGAAUGGGCAACUUAACAGUAUGUAGAGGAAUGCGAUUAGGAAUAGAUGCAGUAUAUUUUUUUAAAUCAUUGAAAUCGUUAAAUGAUCCGUUGAGCGACGCGUACGCAUCACUAUCACCGUCGUUCAUCCCGUGUUUGGAAGAACAGUUGAACCUGAUGCUAGCAUUGGAUUUGCAGCCUCUGUUUGUGUUUCAAGGAAUGCAGCCGAAAUCACACAUGUUACUGUCGGCACAAAUGAUAGGAUUUACAAUGCAUGACGGCUGGGCAGCGUACGUAAAAGGAGAGGAAUCAUUAGCAUUGAGUAAAUUUUCACAACAUAUAUAUAAGGAAUAUUCGGAGGAUAUAUUGCAGUUAUUAAUGUCAUAUUUAAAAGGGAAAGGAUAUGAAAUAAUCAGAGCGCCAUAUUUGGCAAGUAGUCAGUUGGUAUAUUUUAUGCAGGAAGGAUUAAUAGACGCAGUGGUAGGUCCGCCAUCAACAUUGUUGUUUGGCGUGCCAAGAGUGAUCAUGGGAUUGGAUUUGAUAAAAGGAACAUUUGAAUGGGUGGAAUUGGAUGAAUUGUUAUCAACAUGGUCAAUAGAUAAAGAGCAAUUCAUAGAUUGUUGUUUAUUAGCAGGAACGGAGCAUUGUUUAAGUUACCCACUGUUGACGCAGCCAUUUUCGUUUUCUAACGCUAUAGAAUAUAUAAAACAAGCUCCCCUGAUUAAGUAUUUAUAUCAACUGCCAACGCGUGACAGAAUAAAUGAAUAUAUUGAUGGAUACUGUAUAGCUAAGUCGUUAAUAACACACCCAUUGGUGAUGACAUUGAGUGGUGAGGUGACGAAUUUAUCUAAAUCUGAGACACUUCCGUCCGACUACCAUAAAAUUGUCGGCUGCAAAUUGCCAAAACCGCUAUAUUAUUUAUUAAGUGAAGGGUUAAUAUCAGUACAACUACCAUUUGCAUUAGCACUGGGAGAAUGGAUGGAUGAGCCAAAUCAAAAUGCCGAUUCUCUUGAAUUUAGAGAUUUAUUGUCAGAUUUACGAGAAUACCAAUGUAGAGCAUUAGGCUUGUUAGUGAUGAAAUUGGAUGAUCAGUUUAGAACAAAACAAAUAAGGUACCCAAGAUACGUGUCAUUAAUGAAAACGCACCCAAUGAAACAGUCAGCUAAGUUAUUGAUACCAAAUACGUGUCAAAUAAAAAAUUGGAAUAUCACUAAGGAAUCGUUAGAUGUAGAAAUGAAGAGACAAAACGUACAUCAAGUGACCAUCGAGUUCUGUCUCAACUGGCAUAACUUCCAAGGUGUACACCUACUGUCAAGUCAUACCAACAGUCUCAACACGCAUAACUCCAACUCCAGCACUAAUAGUCAUAGCAUGAACGCUGUGAAUAACGUUAAUGGAGUUAUGGGAGAAGAUAUAAGAGUAUUGAGUGUGUUAUUGUAUUUUAUGUUAUUGGAGAAUUUGGGAUAUUUUACUAAUGAAUUGGGGUCAACGGCAUUUGGCCGAGUAUUAUCAAGUUCAGGAUUAGGAAUGACAGGGUUGUUGAUAUUAGAGUUGAUGAAAUUUGGAUUAUUUACAGGAGAUACAUUUGAAUCACCGCCAGAUGUACCGUAUGCGCCGGAAUUGCAACAUAGUAAGUCAGACGAUAAGAGAACACAGCACAUGGUAAAUUUAAUUGGCAGAUUGGGAACACUGUCAAAUGUGACGUUGGAUACGAGAAUUUGGAUGGGGAAAAUUGAUUUCGAUAUUGCCUCCUUUAACAUGGUGGUUAAAUUUCUAAAAAGGUCAAUUAACUAUUUAACGGAGUCAAGUUUGUCAUACCUGCUGCUGAGUGACAUAAACAGGUUUUCACACCUGAGAAAUAACGUUUUUGAUCCUCUUAACCCACAAUUGCCAUUAUUUUACACUAAACCGUCAUUUCUGGGAGUUGUUUUGAAGACAUUGUUACAAGAUAAUAAUAUCAGUUUGGAAGGACUGAGCAAAGUGUUUCCAAACUGUGUUAAUUUAAAAGAUGACUUGACACAAUUUGCACAAUUCUGGGCCAAGAUAUACACAAUGUUACAUAAUCUAUCAUAUUUAAUACAGUUGGGAGAAGUAUUAGAAUGUUUUGAUGGAGCAACAGGAUUAUUGAGAAAUAGAUUAGAAAAAUUAGGAAUUGACGCUAGUAGUCUAAAACUUUAACCAUACAAAUUAUUGAUUUAAUAGAUUAACACACUAAUAUACUGUUACAGUAUAU